AUGGGCAAGGAGAAGACGCACAUCAACAUUGUGGUCAUUGGUCACGUGGACUCCGGCAAGUCCACCACAACCGGCCACCUCAUCUACAAAUGCGGGGGCAUCGACAAGAGAACCAUUGAGAAGUUCGAGAAGGAGGCGGCUGAGAUGGGGAAAGGCUCCUUCAAGUACGCCUGGGUGCUGGACAAGCUGAAGGCCGAGCGGGAGCGCGGCAUCACUAUCGACAUCUCCCUCUGGAAGUUCGAGACCAGCAAAUACUACAUCACCAUCAUCGACGCCCCAGGGCAUCGGGACUUCAUCAAGAACAUGAUCACUGGCACGUCCCAGGCGGACUGCGCGGUGUUGAUCGUGGCUGCAGGCGUCGGUGAGUUUGAGGCCGGCAUCUCCAAGAACGGGCAGACCCGCGAGCACGCUCUGCUGGCCUACACGCUGGGCGUGAAGCAGCUCAUUGUGGGCGUCAACAAGAUGGACUCCACGGAGCCUGCCUACAGCGAGAAGCGCUACGAUGAGAUCGUGAAGGAGGUCAGCGCCUACAUCAAGAAGAUCGGCUACAACCCAGCCACAGUGCCCUUCGUGCCCAUCUCGGGUUGGCAUGGCGACAACAUGCUGGAGCCCUCACCCAACGUGAGCAUUGGCACGGUCCCCGUGGGCCGAGUGGAGACUGGCAUCCUUCGGCCGGGCAUGGUGGUGACCUUCGCUCCGGUGAACAUCACCACGGAGGUGAAGUCGGUAGAAAUGCACCACGAGGCGCUGAGCGAGGCCCUGCCUGGGGACAACGUGGGCUUCAACGUGAAGAAUGUGUCUGUCAAGGACAUCCGCCGGGGCAAUGUGUGUGGGGACAGCAAGUCCGACCCGCCGCAGGAGGCCGCCCAGUUCACCUCCCAGGUCAUCAUACUGAACCACCCUGGGCAGAUCAGCGCUGGCUACUCACCAGUCAUCGACUGCCACACAGCCCACAUUGCCUGCAAGUUUGCAGAGCUGAAGGAGAAGAUCGACCGGCGUUCUGGCAAGAAGCUGGAGGACAACCCCAAGUCCCUGAAGUCUGGUGAUGCAGCCAUCGUGGAGAUGGUUCCCGGGAAGCCCAUGUGUGUGGAGAGCUUCUCACAGUACCCACCCCUCGGCCGCUUCGCCGUCCGCGACAUGCGGCAGACCGUGGCCGUGGGCGUCAUCAAGAACGUGGAGAAGAAGAGCGGCGGGGCGGGCAAGGUCACCAAAUCGGCGCAGAAGGCGCAGAAGGCCGGCAAGUGA